GCCAGAGCCUGCGCGCUGCGCCCCGCGCGCCCCGCGCCCCGCGCCCCGCGCUGCCCGCGCGCCCGAGCCGGCAGGGGUUUCUUUCCCCCAUCGCGGUCAUGUCUCCGGGUCCAGCCCGGCGGGGUGGCGCGGCCCAGGCCCCGGAGCCCGCGGCGAGCGACCGCCAGGGACCAUGAUCCGGCUAGGCUGCUGGUGUGCGCGGCGGCCCCGCGGCGCGGCGUUCCCCGCGGGGCGGCGCUGGGGGUCGGGCGGGCCGGCGGGCCGGGCGGGCGGCCGCUCCCUGCGGGUGCUGGUGGACAUGGACGGCGUGCUGGCCGACUUCGAGGGCGGCUUCCUCAGGAAGUUCCGCGCGCGCUUCCCCGACCAGCCCUACAUCGCGCUGGAGGACCGGCGCGGCUUCUGGUUGUCGGAGCAGUACGGCCGCCUGCAGCCCGGCCUGAGCGAGAAGGCCAUUAGCAUAUGGGAAUCGGAAAAUUUCUUUCUUGACCUGGAGCCUCUACCGGGGGCUGUGGAAGCUGUGAAGCAGAUGGCCAACCUAGAAAACACUGAUGUCUUCAUCUGCACGAGUCCCAUCAAGAUGUACAAGUACUGUCCCUACGAGAAGUAUGCCUGGGUGGAGAAGCACUUUGGCCCCGACUUUCUGGAUCAGAUUGUGCUGGCCACAGACAAGACCGUGGUCUCCGCCGACCUUCUCAUAGAUGACCGGCCAGACAUCACAGGCAAGUGGCCUGCCGCAGGGGCCGAGCCGACCCCCAGCUGGGAGCACAUCCUCUUCACGGCCUGUCACAAUCGGCACCUGCAGCUGCAGCCUCCCAGCCGCAGGUUGCACUCGUGGGCAGACGACUGGAAGGCCAUUCUGGACAGCAAGCGGCCCCGCUGAGCUGGACUGUGCUCCGUCCGGGCUUCUCCGCAGGGCCCCUGGCCUCAGGGCUCCCACCUCAGGGCCUGUGAGGGGUGGGGGGGGGAGGGCUAGUGUUCUGGCCCGGGGCUCCCUCUCCGAUGUCCCGGGCCCACUGCAUGUCUCCCCCCUUUCCCCAGCCCUGCCAGGCCUUAAACUGAUCUCGGGGCAGGGCUGGCCCAGGGGCCCUGGACAAGACACGUGCCCCCCGGGGGAUGCAGGCUGACCUCAGGCCACGGCCGGGCUGCCCAGGGCUCGGGGCUCCAGACCGGAAGGAGCCGAGGGUCCAGCAGGCCUCCCCCACCCCUCAGGGAAGUCCCCACUCCCGGGUCUGCGGCUCAUCGGCGAGGGUGCCAGCAGUGAGGUGCUUCCGGAGUGAGAGGGCCCCGAGCCCUCAUUCUGAGCUGCAGCCCCUUCCCUGCCUGCCCACCUGGUCCCCGCUCCCCUAGGGACCCACCGUGGAUUCAGCAGACACCCUGAAUUCCAGGGCACGCCCGUCUCCAGGCACCGCACGCCAUCCUGCCUUUGACCGGCUCCGAGAUUUCUUGUACCUCCGGCCCUGGGGCCCUGCUCGGGGCACAGCACAGUCAGCAGGCUGCAACGUCUGCUGAAGGCCUGGAAAAUAAAUGCUGUUCACGUGUCACUCAAGGAGUGGCCACCUCUA